AUGUCCGCUUCAGACCCAUUUGUUCCAGUUCACCUCUAUCGCCACAGAUCUGGACCUAAUGAAGAUAACAUCAUCAUCGCUAACAAUGGGAUCAGGGUACCUUUUGGGAGGUCAGUGUAUCUGGACCCUUUAAAUGACCUGGUAACAGAAGUACGUCCUGGUGACCGCUGCCAUAUCACAGUUUUGGACAAUGACCCACUGGCCCAGAAACCUGGGAUGCUGACUCCUAAAAAGUUCCCCUGUUCAUUUGGACCGGAUGAAGUGAAAUAUACUCAUUUUGGAUCUCGGAGCCCCAGCAAGGAUCGUGUGAAGCUACAGCUUCGCUAUGACUCCCAGACUGACACAGUUAUCAUACCCUUCAUGCUGGAAGUGGAGGUAGUUUUCAAGCAGCUUGAGAUCCUCAUCAGGAAUAUGCCUCUUAAUGUUGAAAAGCUCAGUGGUGACAGCAACCCUAUUGACAACAAGGGUUUAGAGUUUUCCUUUGAGGAUGGUGUCACUCAGUGUAAGAUCACCACUCUAGUUGGCGCUGGAGGUCUUCCCAGGUAUGGCACCCUUCUGAAUAAUCCCAACAAUGGCCAAAUGGUUGACUGUGAUGAGUUUGUAAAACAAGGCAUUCGCUACAAGCACACAGCUAAAACUCAUUCACCAAACAGAGACUAUAUUCCAAUGAUGGUAGAGCUGCAAGAUAAUGAUGGCAGCACUAUAAUGCAAGAGCAUUUUCAAGUGAUGGUUAGAAUAAAAGAGGGUGCAGAGAAUACUGCUCCUAAACCCAGCUUUGUAGCCAUGAUGAUGAUGGAGGUUGAUCAGUUUGUAAUGACAGCUAUUACAAAUGACAUGCUGGCUGCUGAAGAUGUUGAAUCUAACCCAGAUGAUUUAAUCUUCAACAUUACUUCACCGCUGAGCCCUCAGCAGGGCUAUAUCAUCAGCACAGAUGAUCAGAACCUGCCUAUAACCUCCUUUUAUCAGAGAGACAUCAAAGAUCUUAAAAUAGCUUAUAAACCACCCUCAGAGGACUCAGAAGUAGAAAGGAUUUUCCAGCUAGAGUUUGAAAUUGUAGACACUGAUGGUGCCGUGUCUGAUACAUUUGCUUUUAUGAUUGUGGUGAAGCCUAUGAAUACCUUGGCCCCUGUAGCGACCAAAAAUACAGGGCAGCUAUUGUUUGAGGGGCAGUCCCGAGCACUCUCCAGCUCCCAGAAUUUAGAGAUUAGUGAUGAGGAUAACCUAGAAGAUGUGAGAAUCACAGUUAUUGAUGGCUUAAAGCAUGGAGCCCUGUCUGUGCUCGGGACUCAUAGGAAGUUUUUUACACCAGCUGAUCUAGAUGCUGGCAUUGUGGUGUACCAGCAUGAUGGCAGUGAUACCUAUAGUGACAACAUUAUUUUUCGAAUGACUGAUGGAAGUAAUGAAGUGGAGUUUUUGUUCCCCAUCACUAUUGCUCCCACUGAUGAUGAACCACCUAUUAUCAAUGCUAAUACUGGUUUGAUGCUUUUCAAGAAUGAAGUUAUGCAGAUCUCUCCCUUCAUCCUGAGUGCCACAGAUAUUGAUUCAGAAGACUCCACAAUUAAAUUUAUUUUGGAAGAACCCUAUUCCACCGUAGGACAGCUCCUGCUAAGGCAAGUGGAGCCUCCCUCUGACCCUUCUCAGUGGAAGUUCAGUGAGACAAAUGAGAUGUUUGAACAGGUGGUCACUGAGUGGUUUCAGCAUGAUAUUCUUGAUGGUAAGCUGUUCUAUCGUCAUAUCGGACCCCAUAGCACCACUACUGUGAUUGAUCACUUUGUCUUUCGAGUCCAAGAUGAUAAUGAUCCUCCUAAUCAGUCAGGUGAGCACAAGUUCACAAUCAAAAUCCACCCUGUUGAUGACCUCUCCCCAGAGCUUUUCCCAGGCACCACACUUCACAUGACAGUUCAGGAAUAUGAGCUGACACACUUCAGGAAGAAAUUUUUGUGUUAUACAGAUUUAGAUUCAGAUGACAGGGACCUGAAAUACACCAUCACAAAACCUCCAACUGACACUGAUGAGAACAAUCCAGCCCUCUUAGGUGAAAUUGUUCUGACUGACAGGCCCGACACUGUAAUUACAGAAUUCACACAGGCCCAGGUUAAUCACCACAAAGUAGCUUACAAGCCUCCAGACCAGGAACUGGGCAUCACCCCAAAAGUAGCUCAGUUCACAUUCAUUGUGGAAGAUACGGCUGGUAACACAGCAGAUGGACUGUUCACCAUUUUCCUAAAGCCAGUUGACAACAAACCCCCAGUGAUCACCAACACAGGUUUUACUGUUAUGGAAAGAAGUACAUAUAUCAUCACUAGGAAGGAGCUGCAUGCCACUGACAUGGAUACAGAUGAUGAGAAUAUCAUCUUCACUGUGACCCAAAUUCCUCGUUUUGGACAGCUGCAGUAUUUGGGCAUUGAUAUGUCUAAUGGUGAAACUUUUGUACUUGAAGACAUAACAAAUGGGCGCCUAAGUUACAUCCACAGUGGACAGGAGUCCCUCAACGAUGUUAUCAAGCUUGAUGUCACUGAUGGCUUCCAUGAGGUACCCAUCAAUAUUAAGAUCACCAUUGAGCCAGUUGAUGAUGAGACCCCAACAAUUAUGCUUCCAGCUGGCCUAGUUGGAGCCUCUAUUGAUGUACUGGAAAAUGGGGCAACAGAAAUUACAAGCAAUGUCAUUCAGGGCCGUGAUGAAGACACAGAUGACCGUAUGCUCACUUUUAUUGUAGAAGAACCUCCCAUGCUAGGUGAAAUUUUGGUUAAUGGUGCUCCCGCUGAAAGAUUCACCCAGGAAGACAUUAUUAAUGGGGUUGUGGUAUAUGCUCACACAUCCGGUGAAAUUGGACCGGUGAAAGUACACGACUCCUUUAAUCUUACUCUGUCUGAUAUGUCAAAUCAGUGGGUUGUUGGCGGCAACAAGGUUCAAGGUGUGACAGUUCAUGUCACCAUCCUUCCUGUUGACAGCAUUCCACCUGUUGUCAGUGUUGGAGAGCAGUUUGUUGUUGUGGAAGGGGAGAAAAAUGUUAUUACUCCAGACCACAUCCAAGCUGAAGAUAUUGACACAGCCAAUGAUGAUAUUUUGUGCACCAUCAUUGUCCAACCAAAAUCCGGUUACGUGGAGAACAUCUCCCCAGCCACAGGCUCAGAGAAGUCAAGAGCAGGGACAGCCAUCACUGCCUUUAACAUUGAAGAUGUUGCCCUUGGUCAUAUUUACUAUGUUCAAAGUAUCCAUAAAGGUGUUGAACCUGUAGAAGAUCGUUUUACCUUCCGCUGCUCAGAUGGUAUAAACUUCUCUGAACGCCACUUCUUUCCUAUAGUCAUCAUUCCAGCUAAUGAUGAGAAGCCUGAGAUUUUCAUUCGUGAGUUUGUGGUCAUGGAGGGUAUGAGUCUGGUCAUUGACACACCUAUCCUUAAUGCAGCUGAUGCUGACAUCCCUGGGGAUGAGCUGCACUUUGAGAUAAUCAAAAAUCCCAAGCAUGGUGCAAUAGUUCAACAGCUCAGUACUGGCACUGUCCCUCUGGAUAAAUUCAGCUUGGAACAGAUCAAAGAGGCAUCAAACAUUGUCUAUGAACAUGAUGACUCUGAGACCAAAGAAGAUAGCUUUGAAAUCAGGCUUUCAGAUGGGAAGCACAAAGUGGAAAAAAAGGUUCUUAUCAUGAUUAUUCCUGUUGAUGACGAGACUCCAAGAAUGGCCAUAAAUGAUGGCCUCGAUGUUGAGAUUGGAGAGACAAAAGUCAUCAGCAACAGGGUUUUAAAAGCAACAGAUCUUGACUCUGAGGACAAAGAGCUAAUUUAUGUUGUGCGUUAUGGCCCAGGCCAAGGCUACCUUCAGCGCAUCAGCAAGUUUGGUGAUGUUUUAGGUAAUAUAACCCUAGGAAUGAACUUCACUCAGGAUGAAAUUGACAAACAACUCAUCCAGUAUGUACACAUAGGCCAAGAGGGAAUCCGUGACCUGUUGAAGUUUGAUGUCACAGAUGGUAUCAAUCCCCUUAUUGACCGGUACUUUUACAUCAACAUUGGAAGCAUUGACAUGGUCUUUCCAGAUGUUAUCAAUAAAGGUGUAACUCUCAAGGAAGGUGGGAAAGUCACACUUACCACUGACCUCCUCAGCACCUCUGAUAUCAACAGUCCCGAUGAAUACCUCAGCUUUAGCAUCACAAGAGCACCUAGUAGAGGCCACUUAGAGAGUACUGACCAUCCAGGUGUUCCCAUUUCUACCUUCACCCAACUGCAGCUUGCUGGCAACAAGAUCUACUACAUUCACACCUCUGAUGAUGAGAUGAAAAUGGACAGCUUUGAGUUUGAGGUGACAGAUGGUUACAAUCCUGUCUUCCGCACCUUCAGAGUGUCCAUCACUGAUGUAGAUAAUAAGAAACCUGUGCUGACUAUAAACAGGCUGGUUGUGGAGGAAGGAGAAACCAAGCUCAUCACACCAUUUGAGUUAACAGUCGAGGAUCGGGACACCCCAGACACCCUGCUGCGCUUCAUAGUCACACAGGUGCCCGUCCACGGACAGCUGCUUUUCAACAAUACCCAACCAAUCACAACCUUUACCAAGCAGGACCUGAAUGAGAACCUUAUUAGCUAUAAGCAUGAUGGUACUGAGACUAACGAAGACAGCUUCUCUUUCACUGUCACAGAUGGCACGCAUAAUGAUUUUUAUCUCUUUCCUGACACCGUCUAUGAGACACGCAAGCCUCAAAUGAUGACCAUUUAUAUAAACACAGUGGACAAUGGUGUGCCCCAGAUUGUAGUCAACAAGGCUGCAGCCUCACUUAAGGUCCUGCAGACAGGCCAUCUAGGCUUUGUGAUCACCAGCAAGGUCCUUCGAUCAGAGGAUCGCGACAGUCCCCAGAAAGUUCUGAAAUACAGUGUGUCUGAGGCUCCUCUACAUGGCUUCAUCAUGAACACUGCCCUGGGCAAUGACAGCAUCAAAACCUUCACCCAAGCCGAUAUCAAUGAAAUGAAGAUUUGUUAUGUGCUGCUGGAUGGGAGCAACGCCACAAGUGAUAUCUUUUACUUCACAGUUGAAGACAACGGUGGAAACAAGCUAAAACCUCAGCCUUUCCGGCUCAACUGGGCCUGGAUCUCUCUGGAGAGGGAAUACUACUUAGUGGACGAGGACGCCAACUUUCUAGAAGUAACUCUGAAACGCAGAGGCUACCUGGGAGAAACCUCCUUCAUCAGUAUUGCCACUAAGGAUGGCACAGCUGAGAAGGAUAAGGACUUCCGUGGCAAAGCCCAGAAACAGGUCCAGUUCAACCCCGGCCAGACCACAGCUACCUGGAAAGUGAAGAUCUUCACGGACCAGGAGUUUGAGACUUCAGAGACCUUUGAGAUACAGCUGUCAGACCCAGUCAUGGCGGUGCUGGAGUUUCCAGACACAGCAACAGUGGAGAUUGUGGACCCUGGAGAUGAAUCGACUGUGUUCAUACCUCAAGCAGAGUUCAAGAUUGAGGAGGAUAUUGGAGAGCUGUUGGUGCCAGUGCGGCGCUCAGGAGAUGCAAGCCAGGAGCUCAUGGUUGUUUGUUUUACUCAGCAGGCCACGGCCACUGGCACUAUACCCAGCACCGUCCUGUCCUACUCUGAUUACAUCACCCGACCUGAGGAUCAUACCAGCGUCCUGCGUUUUGAUAAGGAUGAGCGUGAGAAACUCUGCCGCAUCAUUAUCAUCGAUGACUCUCUGUAUGAGGAAGAUGAGAGCUUCAAUGUCAGCCUGAGUAUGCCCAUGGGCGGCCAGGUGGGCGCCAACUUCCCAACUGCCAAGGUCACCAUUUUGGCAGACAAUGACGAUGAGCCCUCGCUGUAUUUCGGGGAAACUGAGUAUGUUGUGGAAGAGAGUUCAGGCUACGUUGAGGUGAAGGUCUGGAGGACAGGGACUGACCUGUCCAAGACAGCUACUGUCACUGUCCGCUCCAGGAAGAGUGAUCCUGUCUCUGCAGAAGCUGGACUAGACUAUGUCGGCAUCAGUCGCAACCUAGACUUUGCUCCUGGAGUGACCAUGCAGACAUUUAGAGUAACAAUCUUGGAUGACCUCGGUCAGCCUGAGCUGGAGGGGCCUGAGACCUUUGACCUCGUAUUACGGAUGCCUAUGAAUGCUGUGUUAGGAGAACCAAGCAAGACCACCAUUACCAUCAAUGAUACUGUCACCGACUUGCCGAAGGUUCAGUUUAAAGAAGGCAGCUACAACGUGGAUGAGUCUGAUGGGGAGGUCAGAGCUAUAGUGUACCGUAGUGGAGACAUCAGCCUCAAGUCUACAGUGCGAUGUUACACUCGGCAGGGCUCUGCUCAGGUCAUGAUGGAUUACAGUGAAAGACCCAACACUGAUGCAUCAGUCAUCACUUUCCUACCAGGUGAUAUUGAGAAGCCCUGUGUGGUUAGCCUGAUGGACGACUCCAUCCAUGAAGAGGACGAGGAGUUCCGCCUGGUGCUGGGAACUCCAAAGAGCGCAUCUCCAUAUGGCGCUUCUGUUGGGGAGCAGAAGGAAGUACUGAUCACUGUCACAGAUGAGAAAGACAAGCCCAUCAUCCGUUUCUCUGAAAUCAAGUACAGUGUGCGUGAACCCCAGGUCAAAGGAAAUGUGGCAAUAGUGAAGAUUCCUAUCCUGCGUGUUGGAGACACCUCAAAGGUCUCAGUGGUGAGAGUGCACACCAAGGAUGGCUCUGCAACCUCUGGAGAUGACUACAACCCACUGUCAGAGGACGUUGAGUUCAAGGAGGGUGAGACGGAGCACUUUGUGGAGGUUGAGAUCCUGUAUGAUGGCCAGAGAGAGAUGAGAGAGGCCUUCACUCUACACAUGAAGCCUGAUGACAACAUGGUGGCUGAAAUACAGAUGAACAAGGCCAUCGUGUACAUUGAAGAGAUGGACAGUGUAGCAGAUGUCACCUUCCCUGCCGUGCCCCAGGUUGUGUCCCUGCUCAUGUAUGAUGACACAGCUAAAGCCAAGGACAGACCCUACCCACCUAAUGGAUAUCCUGUUGUGUGUGUGACAGCCUGCAACCCUAAGUACCACGACUUUGAUAAAACGGGUUCCAUCUGCUCUGCUGAGAACAUCAAUGACACCCUCACCCAGUACCGCUGGCUGGUCAGCGCCCCUACCGGCUCAGAUGGAGUUACCAGCCCCAUGAGGGAGGUGGACACUAACACUUUCUUCACUAACACCAAAUCCAUCACCUUGGAUUCAAUCUACUUCCAGGCUGGCUCCAGGGUUCAGUGUGCAGCAAGAGCCUUCAAUGCCAAUGGAGAUGCAGGCUUGGAGCUCUCCAGUCCCAUCGCUGUGAUCAGCAAGGAGGAGGGUAUGUGUCAGCCUCGUAUCCCAGGCACUGUUGGAGCUGAACCUUUCUCUGCUAAGAUCCGCUACACAGGCCCAGAUGACCCAGACUUCCCCAACCUCAUCAAACUUACGGUCAACAUGCCUCACAUGGAUGGCAUGUUGCCAGUGGUCUCCACAAGACCUCUGUCAAAUUUUGAGCUUACCCUGAGCCCUGAUGGCACACGUGUGGGCAAUCACCGCUGCUCCAACCUGCUGGACUUCAAUGAGAUCCAAACAGGCUAUGGAUUCAUCACAGAUGCAACAAAGAAUCCUGAAAUCAUAGGCGAGACUUCACCCUACCAAUACAGUGCUGUUAUGCGUUCAGCCAACUCCCUGCGAUUCUACAGGAACCUCAACUUAGAGGCCUGCCUCUGGGAGUUCACCAGCUAUUAUGACAUGUCAGAGCUGUUGAAUGACUGUGGAGGCUCCAUAGCCACUGAUGGACAGGUGCUGAACCUGGUCCAGUCCUAUGUCACGCUGCGUGUUCCUCUGUUUGUGUCCUACAUCUUUCACUCUCCUGUGGCUGUGGGAGGCUGGCAGCACUUUGACCUGCAGUCAGAGCUCAAACUCACCUUUGUGUAUGAUACAGCUAUUCUGUGGCAGGAUGGCAUCGGCAGCCCUCCUGAAGCUGAACUACAAGGAGCCAUGUACCCCACCAGUAUGCGAAUAAAUGAGGAGGGACGCCUGGUGGUCAAUUUCAAGACUGAGGCCCGUUUCAGGGGACAGUUUGUUAUGUCUCACCCAGGAACCAGUGUGUUGUCCAUGGUGAUUUGUGCUGAUCACCCUGGGCUGACGUUCACUCUCACAUUAGUCAGAACUGAGCCUACCUAUAACCAGCCAAUGCAGCAGUGGAGCUUUGUCUCAGACUUUGCUGUGCGAGAUUACUCUGGGACCUACACGGUGAAGCUGAUGCCCUGCAUUGCCUCACCAAAUGGAGAGUUCAGCAUCCCCCCUGUCUGUCACCCAAGAGAACCUCUUACCUUUGACAUGGACAUACGCUUUCAGCAGGUGAGUGACCCAGUAGCAGCUGAGUUUAGCCUCAACACUCAAAUGAUCCUGUUGUCCAAGAAGGAGCUGUGGUUGUCUGAUGGCUCCAUGGGCUUUGGGGAGGGGACUGAUGCUGCUUUCUCUGAAGGCUCCACCAUCUAUGGUCGUGUGAUGGUGGACCCAGUCCAGAACUUGGGUGACUCCUUCACCUGCAACAUUGAGAAGGUCUUCCUCUGCACAGGUGCAGAUGGCUAUGUUCCCAAAUACAAUCCCACUAACAAGGAGUAUGGCUGCCUGGCAGAUGCGCUUUCUCUACUCCACAGAUUCAAGAUCCUGGACAAGGCCCAGCCAGAGACGCAAGCUUCAGUAUUUGGUGAUGUUGCUUUUAAGGCCACACUGGCUCAAGACACACCUGGAGCUCUGCCUUUAGUCAGACAACCAGGAUCAGAUGGCUUCACAUUGUCAUCAUCUCCACUUUUCCAGGUGGCUGCUGGUCGAGAAUGGUUCAUCCACACUAUCUAUACUGUCCGCUCCAGAGAAAACGCCAACCGCAACAUUGGCAAGCGCAGUGUGGAGUACCUCCAUCACAGUAUAUCCUCUUUUAAGCAGCCCCAGGCCACUCGCCACCGCCGUGCUGCCCCUACUUUCUCUGGCCCUGCUCUGGCCCAGGAGAUCGGUGUUGAAAACAACCGAGGCACCAACAUUCAGCACAUCGCUUUGGACCGAACAGACCGCCUGGUGGUUAGCCAGCGCCAACCCUGGACCCCUAACCGUGACACUCUUCUGGAGCGCCCUGUGCUUGAGAGUUCCAGCAGACAGACAGCUGACACCUCCACCCUACCUAUGUUAGUUGGCCUUGCAGGUCUAAUCCUCCUCAUCUGCCUCAUUGCCACCAUUGUCAUUGUGCUGCUGCGGCGCAAGAAGAGGGAAAAGAAGUCCCAGUUCCCACCUUACACCACUUCCUCUUCUUCUGCCUACAAUGGCUACUACAGCCAAGGCCAAGCACGUAUGUGGAGCAGUUCAGACAGCUCUGAGGUUUAGAUUUGGGCCCCCUUCCACUUCAAACACCUGCCCCCUAUUUAAAGGACUAUGAUAGUCUUCUCCACCAUUGUGCCUUCAAUGCCCAACUCUUGUAGCACUGAACAGAGCCCAGAACAAGCGGUGGACAGCACAAUAUGUCAGUGCCUAGGGCCCACAUGUAGAGAAUGCACCAGUUUUCUGAGGCUCACUGAUCUCAAUGGGUAGUUCUUGCUGUAGGUUUUUGCCUUUUUUUUUGCAGCUAAUUCUGAGUCGCGGAUGAAGAUAGAGGCCCUUAACAUAUUCAUCUGCUUCAUCGGUUGCCAAGUUGUAAAAUAUCCCUUUUUAUCUGUUUGCAAAUGCAUGAAAACCCCAAUGUAGUGAAUGCAAUUAUUUUACAGUGGCAAUCAUGUUAAAAUCUCAUGAAUGUUUCCUCAGUUUUACAGAUAGUUUACCUAACUUCUUUUAACUGUAAUUCAGUGUUUUGUUUUUUUGUGGUGAUUAGUGCAAAGUGAACUGAAUGAUAGAUGUUAGAAUGCUGACAUUAAUGAAUGAUAGAUCAUUUUAGUAUAUUUGUUGUGCUUAAAACAGCCUGUAGUUAUACCUGCCCAGCCAGAGUCAACAAUACCACUAUAGUGUCAGUGAAAAGGAUUUCUAAAUCUUGUUUGUCUUAAGAUUGUAGAAUUUUUAAGAACCUUUUUCAGGUCAAUGUGGCUAAAACCAGAUGCAAAACAAUCUGUGUACAUAUCACUGUAGGUCUAUGGAAAAAAAGAUAUCACACCCUGGCGAAACUUGAAAAACCAUGAACUGUGUUCUAGUUUGUUGAUCAAGCCCUAAAGAAACAAGUUGCAUUAUCGAAAUUAUAAUUAUUCUUCUAAAGGUGAAAGCAUAUUUUAAACGUGCCAACUGUUAGGCUUCUAUGGCUUAGGGGUUUUGUGCCGAUAUAAAGUUUCAAUGUUUGUACACUUCAACUGUCAAAUACAAAUGUCCUUUUUUGAAUC